GAGAGAAAGUGGUAUAGUCCAUCGGUGGAUUUAACAUGGAGGCGCUGCAGUGGUGACACUUUCCGGCGGUUCUAGUGGAUAAAAUAGAUGCUUUGGAUCAGCGGCAGACCCGGAUGGAGACCGGACAAAUUGCCGGGGUGUACGCGGAGGUCAGCGGCUUUCCAACCCCAGUUUCUGCUCAUGUUAAGGUGGAAGAGCUCCCAGAAUAUCGAGUCUACUCAGUGACAGCAGACUGGAGUCAAAGUGAUCUGGUCCGAGGUUCUAGGCUUCAUUACUCGCAGCAGUGGACUCUGAUCGCCGACACCAACAACCACAAGACCGUCAGAACCGUUCUCCCACCCGGACCGUUUACACCCGUCUCUGGAGAGUUACUAAGGGCCUUUUCUCCUAUCCGGGGCUUAAAGGCCAUUGUAAGAGAGUCUGGAAACCAGCAGUUGCUUGAGAUCUGGGAUUGCCAUGGACUCAGAAAAUGCCUCAACCUCACUGCCCUUAACAUUCAUGGCAGAGUGUAUGACGAUGCCCAGUUUGGCUCUCUGUCAUGGUCUGAAUGUGAGGACAAACUGCUGUAUGUGGCAGAGAAGAGCAGGAACUCCUCAGCAGGUGGAGAGUCUGCAUGCAGAGAGGACAGGAAUGUGUAUUGUGAAGACUGGGGGGAGGCUCUGACCAGUAAGAGUGUCCCAGUGGUCUGUGUGGUGGAUCUGCACAGUGGUGUUGUUGAUGUGUUGCAGGGAGUCCCGGAGGACGUCUCACCCGGACAGGCUCUGUGGGCUCCUGACUAUCAGUCAGUAUUUUUUGUUGGUUGGUACCAUGAACCCUUCAGAUUGGGACUGAAGUUCUGCUCCAACCGAAGCUCAUCUUUAUUUGUACUCGACAUGGAGGGACGCUGUGAGCGUCUUUCAGGGGCAAACCUGUCGGUGUCCUGCCCUCGGCUGAGUCCUGACGGCUCCACGCUGAUCUUCCUGCAGGGCAGGGUGUUUGGUCCUCACCACCAGUGCCUCAGCCUACAGCAGCUGGACCUGAAGAGCAGGAAAACCUCUGCACUGAUUGAUGUCCUUAACAGACCUCAGGCUGGUGAGUUUGCAGGCGUGUAUGAGACUCUUUCGCCCUGCUGCUGGUCUGCAGACAGCCAGAGGGUGGUGUUCAGCAGCGCCUGCAGAAACUGGAAGGAUCUCUUUGUUGUGGACAGGAAGUCAAAGAAAGUCUUGUCCCUCUCUGAUACUGUUCCUCUCUCUACUUUACCUGCUCCACGCUACCCUCUUUUUCCACCUCCUCCUCCUCCUCCUCCUCCUCCUUUUCCAGCUCCUUCUCUAGCCUCUGAGUCUUUCCUUCCUCCACCCCCACUGCCUCCUCCGCUGUCUCAUCUUCAUCAGGAGCAAAAGACAGAUGUAGAAGAUCUCUCUGCUGCUUCUAGAGAUUGUGGCAGUUGGAAGCUGCUGACCAUCCAGAGAGACCUGAUGGUGGUCUGUUGCUCCAGUCCUAACACCCCCCCAACUCUGAGGGUCGGAUUCCUUCCAGAGAAAAGUGAGGCUAUGACCUGGCAAACCCUGCAGCAGCCUGCCAUGACCUUUGACUUCAGCUGGACCAGUCUAGAUAUUAAACCCCCUCCAGAAGAAGACAACACGCAAUAUCCUGGUCUGGACUUUGGUUCUGUCCUGGUUAAACCUUCACGUCCGUUUUGUGACAGCAGAAUACCCCUGGUUGUCUUCAUCCAUGGUGGCCCCCACUCACAGUUCCCUGCAGAGUGGAACAGCACCACAGCUGGGCUGGUUAAACUGGGCUGUGCUGUGCUCAUGGUGAAUUAUCGAGGAUCCACAGGGUUUGGUCAGGACAGCAUUCUGUCCCUGAUCGGUAAUAUUGGCUCUCAGGACGUAAAGGAUGUGCAGCGAGGUGUUCUUGCUGCGCUGUGGAGCGAUGAGACCCUCGACCCCAAGCGGGUUGCUGUGAUUGGCGGUUCUCAUGGUGGUUUCCUGUGUUGCCAUUUGGUUGGUCAGUACCCGGACUUCUACAAAGCGUGUGCAGCCAGGAACCCCGUCAUUAACGCGGCCACGUUACUGGGAACCAGUGAUAUAGUGGACUGGCGCUACACCAGUGCAGGCUUUCAGUUCUCCUAUGACAGCGUUCCCACUGCUGAGGUCCUGGCUGCUUUGUUGCAGAAAUCCCCCAUCACUCAUGCAGUUCAGAUCAAGGCAGCGGUCCUGCUGAUGCUGGGGGGCAAAGACAGGCGAGUGUCUCCUCAUCAGGGGCUGGAGCUUUACAAAGUGCUGAAGACCAGAGCUUCACCUGUCAGAUUGUUAUGGUUUCCAGAAGACGGUCAUUCUCUGUCCAGGGUGGACACACAAGCUGACUGCUUCGUCAACACUGCUCUUUGGCUUCAGCAGCAUCUAUGAGCACAAACAAGGCCAAAAGAGUGGUUCAUAGUUUCUUCCACUUGCCACUGCCUUUCAACUGUGCUACUUUAUUUAUGGAAAUGUGCAAACAUUUUGACAAAAACAAUUGUUGAAAAAUAAAAGAUAAAGUAUCUCAAAAUCUAAUAAAA